AUGCCGAGGGGCUUCCUGGUGAAGCGAACCAAGCGCUCGGGCAGCUCCUACCGCUCGCGCCCGGCCGAACCGCUUUUCCACCCUCCGGGUCCCCGCGCUGCACCGCCCUCCCCCGAGGAGCCCAGCCGGGGGCUGUCGGGGUCCCCUUGCUUCGAGCCCGCGUUGGACGGCGCCGAGUGGGGCGCGGGUGGCGGAGACGGCCCGGGACCCAGCCCCGCGAGGCCGGCGGGCCCCGAGCUGCGCCGCGCGUUCCUGGAGCGUUGCCUGCGCUCACCAGUCUCGGCCGAGUCCUUCCCCAGCGCCACAGCCUUCUGCUCCGCGGCGCCCGCGGCCGCGACCUCGGGGGAGCAGUUGGUGCCGUCUCGGGUUGCCGUCCCCAGCUCUGUCCCCGCACCGGCGCCCGUCCCUGCCCCGCACAGCCUCCAGCGCCGGGGCAAGGGCGCCCUGGGCUGCGCAUCAGCACCCGCGGCCGUCAGGAAGCCUAAGGCGGUGAGGAGGCUGAGCUUUGCAGACGAGGUGACCACGUCCCCGGUGCUCGGUCUAAAGAUCAAGGAGGAGGAGCCCGGGGAGCCGGCGCGGGCUUUGGGCGGCGUCCGCACGCCGCUGGGGGAGUUCAUCUGCCAACUGUGCAAGCAGCAGUACGCGGACCCCUUCGCGCUGGCUCAACACCGCUGCUCCCGCAUCGUGCGCGUCGAGUACCGCUGUCCCGAGUGCGACAAGGUCUUCAGCUGCCCCGCGAACCUCGCCUCCCACCGCCGCUGGCACAAGCCACGUCCCGCGCCGUCCUGCGCCGCGAGUAAACCUCCCUCCGCGCCGUUGACCCCUCCGGACCCCUCCCUGGCGGCGGGCAAGGAGAACGGCCGCAUGCCGCGGACCGACGAUCAGCACCCGCAGGUACGGGACAGCUCCGGGGACGGUCAGCACCGGGACAGCGCCGCGCGCCCAGGCCUGCAGGCGUUGGUGCACCCGGAGGCAGCACGACCGCAGGCUCCCUACCCCGAGGUGAUGCUAGGGCGCCGCGGUCUUGGGCCAGGCGGUGCCAGCCCGGGGGCGACAUCCGAGGUCUUCGUGUGCCCGUAUUGCCACAAAAAGUUCCGUCGCCAAGCCUAUCUGCGCAAGCACCUGGGCACCCACGAGGCGGGCCCGGCGCGAGCACCAGCCCCAGGUUUCGGCUCGGAGCACACAGCCCCACUUGCAUUUGCGUGCCCGCUUUGCGGGGCGCACUUCCCGUCCGCGGAUAUCCGAGAGAAGCACCGGCUAUGGCAUGCUGUCCGCGAGGAGCUGCUACUGCCCGCCUUGGUCGGGGCUCCUUCGGAAGCGGGCCCUGGAGGGGGAUCCGACGGUAGCACUCAGCAGAUUUUCUCAUGCAAGUACUGCCCUUCCACUUUUUUUAGCUCCCCGGGCUUGACCCGGCACAUCAAUAAGUGUCACCCCUCAGAAAGCCGGCAAGUGCUGCUGCUGCAGAUGCCACUGAGGCCUGGCUGCUGA